GACCGUGGCGUCUGGGGCCCGGGAAGGGGCCACCGCGCGGGGACGCGGCACGGUGUGUGCGCCCCGGGGGCAUGUCCGCGCGCCGCAGCCCGGGCUGCAGCCGUCCACACGAGAUGGCCGGUAACCCAUGUGCCAGGUAGCACUCCCUGCCAAUCUUGAAUGCCAACAGGAAGUCACUGGACAGCAGACUUUUCCAAGAUCAUAACUGGGCUGUUGGAGUAACUUGGAAAAGAAGAAAAAAGAAUCGAAACUAUGGCAAAAGUAAAUAGAGCUCAGUCUACCUCCCCUCCGGAUGGAGGCUGGGGCUGGAUGAUUGUGGCCGGCUGUUUCCUCGUUACCAUCUGCACCCGGGCAGUAACCAGAUGUAUUUCAAUUUUUUUUGUGGAGUUCCAGACAUACUUCUCUCAGGAUUAUGCACAGACAGCAUGGAUCCAUUCCAUUGUAGACUGUGUGACCAUGCUCUGUGCUCCACUUGGGAGUGUGGUCAGUAACCACUUAUCCUGUCAAGUGGGAAUCAUGCUGGGUGGCUUGCUUGCGUCUACUGGUCUCAUCCUGGGCUCAUUUGCCACCAGUCUGAAGCAUCUCUACCUCACUCUGGGAGUUCUUACAGGUCUUGGAUUUGCACUCUGUUACUCUCCAGCCAUUGCCAUGGUUGGCAAGUAUUUCAGCAGACGGAAGGCCCUGGCUUAUGGAAUCUCCAUGUCAGGAAGCGGCAUUGGCAUCUUCAUCCUGGCUCCUGUGGUCCAGCUCCUUAUUGAACAGUUUUCCUGGAGGGGAGCAUUACUCAUCCUUGGAGGCUUCGUUUUGAAUCUCUGUGUCUGCGGUGCCUUGAUGCGGCCAAUUACUCUUAAAGAGGACCGUACGACUCCAGAGCAGAAGCAUGUCUGUAGAACUCAGACACAAGACUUUAAGCGGGGGUCUUCCUACUCGACUUUGACUAAAGAAUGGGUGCAGACCUGCCUCUGUGGCUCGUUGCAGCAGGAAUACAGUUUUUUACUGAUGUCAGACUUUGUUGUGUUAGGCAUCUCUGUUCUGUUUAUGGCUUACGGCUGCAGCCCUCUCUUUGUGCACUUGGUGCCUUAUGCUUUGAGUGUUGGAGUGAGUCACCAGCAAGCUGCUUUUCUUAUGUCCAUUCUUGGGGUGAUUGACAUUGUUGGCAAUAUCACCUUCGGAUGGCUAACCGACAGAAGGUGUCUGAAGGAUUACCAGUACGUUUGCUACCUCUUUGCCGUGGGACUAGACGGGCUCUGCUAUCUCUGCCUCCCAAUGCUUCAGAGAUUCCCCCUGCUCGUGCCUUUCUCGUGUACCUUUGGCUACUUUGAUGGUGCCUACGUGACUUUGAUACCAGUAGUGACUGCAGAAAUAGUGGGGACCACCUCUCUGUCAUCGGCGCUCGGUGUGGUGUACUUCCUUCACGCGGUGCCGUACUUGGUGAGCCCACCCAUCGCAGGCUGGCUUGUAGAUACGACUGGCAGCUACACUGCAGCGUUUCUUCUCUGUGGAUUUUCAAUGAUAUUUAGCUCUGUGUUGCUGGGCUUUGCUAGACUUGUAAAGAAGAUGAAAAAAAACCAGCUGCGUUUCCUUGCCAAAGAAUCUGAUCCCAAGCUGCAGCUGUGGACCAAUGGCUCGGUGGCUUAUUCUGUAGCACGAGAACUAGAUCAGAAGGACGGGGAAUCUGUGGCGAUAGCAGUGCCUGGCUACAGCUCCACAUGACCAACGGCCUUGAGCCGGGGAAUCUUCAGGCCUGAGAUAGGUGGGACCACUGGGUUAUCUGUGUUUCUAAAGCGUUUUAUUUUGGCAGAAUCAUUACCUUCCAAGGAAAUGAAAUCGUUCUACUAAUACAUUUAUAGAGGAAAGUAGCAAGUAACAAAGCAAGCUGGACGGGCUCAGCGUUUCCUCCCGUGGGAUUCGUACUCACAAGUAAACUCACGUCUUUUGAGCAAGGAGCAACACUUUGUGGAGAAUGUUAGGACCUAGCGGAUAUAAUUAGCUAUAAAUUGGGAUAAUUUCAAGGCACAACCAAAGCAGAUGACACUGGGAACAGCUUUGUUUCAAACUCUCCGCCCGUCCAUCCAAGGUCCUCAGUUAGAAGGUAAACAGACGUUGACACUUAACGUUUCUUACUCUAUGCUGUUUGGAGCAGGGGUUCUGUAUUAAUCAUUGCCUUUUGAAGGAUCUAAAGUAUUCUUCAAAACCCUGUCUAAAAUCCUAGUGAGAAACUCUACCGUAAAGAAGGUUUGACAUCCUCACGUUUCCCCACCACUGAAGGCUCUUCUCCCAAGAGUGAGGCACGUACCUCUGACCAGGUGCUCACCUCUGUUAGUUACUAUGACGUAGAACACUUAACUCAAAGUUUAGCAGAACACGCAAGACACUAGAGCGAUUUCUAAAUUUUACCUGAAAUGUUAACAUCAACACUGCCCCCUUUUUUCCCCCUUAGGAAUAAGGCAUUUAUUUGAACUGUAGACCAUUUCUGUUAGGAACAGAAAAAUGUUGGCAGCAUUCCAACUGGACAGGAAUUGAAUGCUUGAAUCAGCAGGUCUCUGGUGAGAGUUUUCUUUUCAGAUCAGACACUUAGGUUCAUCAUUACCCGAAAUGGGACUUGGGAGUUUUGCCUGAAAAAUAUUAUUCUAGAGAUCUUCUAAAGGUGAGAUUCCUUUCUCCCUGUGUUGGUUUUUGUUCCAGUGUCCACUGCUCUUCAUCUCUUUAUGGAUAAUCGUUAGAAACCUGGAGGACCUUUUCAGCUGGAUGGGAAGGCCUCAGGGGUUGACUCCAGCAUCACAAAUGAUAGCUUUGCCCAGGGGAGAGGGAGGACAAAGUUAUGCAGGCUAGUGGUGUGACGUUUUACAGUUUAUGGAACUCUUUCACAUACCUUCACCCAUUGGAUUAGAAUAGCUUACUCGUUCCCAAGUACUCUGCUUUCCUAUGGUUUGGGGUAAAGCCUUCAGACUGAAGAGGGAGGGCGUGGGGAGGGAAGAGAAAGGCUACAUUCCCCUAGCCUGUCUCAUCCACAUAAAAUCCUCUGAAUUAUAAUCCUGAAUCCUAAAUCAGGUUGCACUUGUAAAUAGGGGCAAGUUAUACAAUUGAAAGGGGAUUUUUAAUUAUUCAAAAAUUUAAGACCUGAACCUCAAGGAACUAUUUUGAUCCAGAAGACAAUUUAACUGAGGCAUCAUUGUCUCCCAAGAGGCCUCACAAAUGCUCUGCCAGGGGAACCAAAAGAAAAAAACACAGCUAAGGGGAAGAUCCUGGGUUCUCUAAGCAUGUUCAGCAAGAGUCUUUGCCUAUAACUGGAUUAUUUUUAAAAAUUACAUAUUAAUACAUUGCUUUUAGAAUGAAAGACUGACUUGAUUCGAUGGGAGAAGACUAAAAUUUCAUAGGUGUUUUCCAAAGAGAGAUUUGAACGUUACUUGUUAUCUUUAUACUUUUUGGAUUUAGUUGUGAAACCACGUAUUUUGUCGUUUGCAAGUCAAAACCAGUAUUUGGAAAAUUAAAGGGUCAAGUUAAAGUGAAGUCAUAUGUGUUUGGAACAGAGCUUUACACUAAAUGUCAUUUCUUGAAUCUUCAAACCUAAAGAUUUUUUUCGAAAUAUAAAUGGUUAUAAAUAUUCUUCUACAUAUUUUUCCUAGUGAUGAUCACAGCAAAAUUUUGUUUAUCUGUUUCUGCGAUAUAAUUUCUCUAAAGUAUUAUAAAGUAUUCAUGAAAAAUGAGCAUGGAGAUCAGAGCUUUUAAAAAUUUGUAUAAAAUAUUUGGGAUAUUCUGACUUUAUACAUGCAUAAAUUUGUAUUUUACUUUUCUUUUUGGAGCAGCAUUUUCAGAAAACCAGUAAGGAAAAUGUAGAUCUUAGAGAUUACCAUUGUUGUUGACACAAAAUUUUACUGUUAUGUUUCAUGUGCCUAUACUGUUUAUUUCAAAAAGGAGAGAUUCAUGGGCAUGAUGUAUUUUGUGGGAUCAAGAACAAAAUUGUGGUGGAUGAUUCUACACCUUAAGUAUUUCUUUGUAACACUGCAAGCUCUACUUUGAAACUGUCUGAGUAGAAAAACAAAAGAAAUAUCUAAAUACACUGUACCUACCAUUUGGCCUUUUUUUCAGAUUGUGAUUUCACUAAUAGAUCAAAUAUUUAUGAUAAUAUUUUCUUAUUUCAAAAGCAUAAUAAAAACGAGUUUCUAGUCA